CUUAAAAAAAAUAAAUAAAAGAGAAGAAAAGGAUUCUGUGGUCUCCAUUUCUGGUCUGGUUUGUUCUUCUCCCCUCUCGCGUCCCUUUUCUUCACGUAAUUUCUCUUCCUAAAAAGAUGAAAUAAUACAAGCUCCGAUCUCUGUUCUGAGCGGACGAUUACCCGAUACCGAGAUAGUUUGUUUAGUGUUUCUGUUCUGCAAUUCUUCCUGCGGAGCGAAGAAGAGAAUCACAGCAACAAAACAAGCAUGAAAGGUGCUAUAACUGCUCCAGCAGGUGUCAGUCUCCGAAUUGGGAUCGGGAAUGCCAACGGCAUCAACUGUUUCGUCCCUCACCGGAGACCCAUUUCUCUCCCGGCCGCCGUGAAGAAACCCACUUCCCUCACCGUCGUCGCCACGACUUCCUCCGACGGCGGCGGCAGCAAGAAGAAGAACAACAAGAAGAAGAGCAGCAGCAACAAAAUCGAUGAAUCAGCGCCGGCUACCACCGCCGACGCAAACCCCAUCCAGCCUCCUCCGGCGGCGGAGCAGCAGAAGCAGCAAUCUCAGUCCCUGAGCUUAGACGAUGUGAACCCAGUUGGCCUGGGGCGAAAAUCGCGGCAGAUUUUCGACGAGGUGUGGCGGAAAUUCUCCGGGUUGGGUCAGAUUUCUCGGACCAUCCGACCCGACGAGACGGCGGCGGCGCUGGACGCGCUGCUCAUAAGGGAAGGCCCCAUGUGCGAGUUCGCCGUCCCUGGGGCUCAGAACACCACCGUCCUCGUCGUCGGACCCACCAGCCGCAUUGGCCGCAUUCUCGUCAGAAAGCUCAUGCUCCGCGGCUACACCGUCAAGGCUCUGGUGAGGAAGUCGGACCAAGAAGUACUGGACAUGCUGCCGAGGUCAGUGGAAAUAGUGACGGGCGAUGUGGGAGAUGCCAUUACUGCUCAAGAAGCCGUACAAGGCUGCAACAAGAUUAUCUACUGUGCCACAGCUCGUUCUACCAUUACUGCUGAUCUAUUCCGGGUUGAUCAUCAAGGGGUUUAUAACCUCACUAAAGCCUUCCAGGAUUACAACCACAGGCAAGCACAGCUGCGCGCAGGGAAAAGCAGCAAGAGCAAGCUUGUGCUGGCGAAGUUUAAGUCAGCCGAGUCAUUGGAUGGCUGGGAAGUUCGUCAAGGAACUUAUUUCCAGGAUGCUGUAGCUUCCAAAUAUGAUGCAGGAAUGGAUGCUUCAUUUGAGUACAAUGAGAAUGGCGAAGCAGUUUUCUCAGGUUAUGUAUUCACGAGAGGAGGGUAUGUUGAUUUGUCGAAACAGCUCUCGCUGCCUCUGGGAUACACACUCGACAGGUAUGAAGGGCUUGUUAUGUCUGUUGGUGGUAAUGGAAGGCCAUACGUACUUAUUCUUGAAGCUGGCCCUUCAGCCGAUAGAAGCCAGAGCAAAUUAUAUUUCGCAAGAUUUAGCACCAAAGCCGGGUUUUGUAGGGUUAGAGUGCCAUUUUCAGCGUUCCGCCCUGUGAAACCAGAGGAUCCGCCACUGGAUCCAUUCCUUGUACACACAAUGACUAUUCGAUUUGAGCCUAGAAGACAGAGGCCUGGUGAAGGAGCUGCAGGAGGUCAGCAAGACCUAAGAAGUUUCAAACUAAUAAUGGAGUACAUAAAAGCUUUGCCGACCGGGCAAGAGACAGAUUUUGUGUUAGUGUCAUGUACAGGGCAAGGAGUAGAAGCUACCAGGAGGGAGCAAGUUCUGAAAGCCAAAAGGGCCGGUGAAGAGUCGCUAAGGAAAUCAGGACUUGGAUACACAAUCAUUCGCCCCGGUCCUUUGAAGGAGGAGCCCGGUGGGCAACGCGCGCUGGUGUUUGAUCAAGGAAACAGGAUUUCCCAGGGCAUAAGCUGUGCCGAUGUAGCUGAUAUAUGUGUGAAGGCUUUGCACGAUUCAACUGCUAGAAACAAAAGCUUUGAUGUCUGUUAUGAGUAUGUGGCUGAGCAAGGGCAAGAGCUUUACGAGCUGGUGGCACAUCUACCAGACAAAGCAAACAACUACUUGACUCCUGCACUCUCAGUCCUGGAGAAAAACACUUGAUAUACUCUGGCAAGCAAAGAAGGACGAGAGUGAGCGACAGAGAACCGAAGCCCUGUGAGUGGAAAGACAUAGAGUUCAUCACGUUCAUUGAGCUUUGCUGUUUGUUUGUUCUGUAUGUAAUAUGCAUCAUAGUAAGACAUGUUGCAGUAUGUUAUCUUGAUUGUACAUUUUUCAUGUAUAGACGAGAUACAUAGCAAAGAUCGGUCGGUACAACAGGUACAUAGAAGUCAGGGCACAGAGAUGUAAACAUCAGAACGAGGUGGUGAUUUUGAAAGUGUAUAAAAAGUGUGUUAUGUUCAAGAAUCAAGAUACUACUCUGUACCACAUAGAUGUACUUUUCUUGCACGGGAAGAAACAGACAAAAGGGAUCAGGUUUUAGGGAGAAAAGAGAGGUGGAUCCCAAGUGGAUAAGAAAGAUUAUGAUGUGUCCUAACAAGUGAGAUAGCAGUAGGCCAUGGAGUUUAUCAGCUUCCCUUAUCCAACUUUUUUGUGGUUGUGCAGAAGUCUGAUAAAAUUGGACUUUUUUA